UGGUCUGAAAACACUUGUAUAGAUGAAGAAAUGGCAAAAAGUUCAGUCAGCAUAGUGUUUUUAAUUCUUAUUUCACCAUCUUUAUUGAAUUUAAAGGCUAUUCAAUGCAAGUCAUCACAAUAUGGUGUCGCAGAAUUUAUUGGAUUAACUGACGGAAGAUGUUUGAGUUGCGAAGAAAAUGCAACAACUAGCAAUCCUCCAAGACCAAGAAAAAAGGAUGUAACAGCUAUACCUCCACAAGAUACAUAUUUAUCUUGGUAUCUAACAGAAGGAAAAAACAAAAGAAUUGCAUUAAACAUUACAUGGAGUAUAAGAGAGUCACACAUUCCUGAUCAAGAACACCGGCAUCACUUCAAAGGAUUUUACAUCACUGUUACACACUCUUCCGAAUAUUUUGCGUUAUAUACAUUCAAAGUUAAAAUUUACAAGAACAAAUGUAAACGUAUACAGAUUGGACGAACCAACUUAAAAGAUUUACAGGACAUUGUUUUCAGCUAUGAGCACUACGGUGCUACUAUAUCUCAAAUAAUUCGACCAAACGAUAUCAUACAAGUUACAUACGAUUCAAUUCCAUUGGCAAAACAGAAUGAUACAAUGAAAACAAAACCGGAGGAAAUCCAAAUUCCAGAUUGUCGUUCUGAAGAAUCUCUGAAAUUUUUGGAAAUAAAUUCAAAAGAUAUUAUAUCAAGUGAAUGUAGAGAAGCAAUAAAAGAUAUUAAACAACGAUUGGAUGAUGAAAUUGAACAAGUUAAGAUAGAACAAGAUUGGAUGAACCAAACUACAACAAAUAGCACGUCUUUGCAAAGCAAAGAAAAUUUGUAUCCUUAUUAUAUGAAACUCACACACUCUCUACUUGUAAUAUUUUCAAUAGUUUUUAUAAUAACUGUAAUAACUGUAUGUAUCAAAUCUGAAAAAAAGAAAAGGGCAGAUAGAAUAGAAGAACCUCUUUCUAUAUUGCUGAUAGCAGACAACAGUAAUGACAAAAACAUAAAAUUAUCAUGCAAAUUGAUUGGAAAGCUCCGUAAAAAGUAUGGAUACAAGAUAACUUGUAACUUGGAAGAGAGAGAGAUUAUUUCGAAGGAUGCAACACAGUGGUAUAUUACACAGAUGAAUACAAACGAUGUGAUCAUAUUCACUGCAAUUCAGGACAAGUUUACGUUUGACGAGGUUGUGCAAACCGGGACUAAUGGUCACACUGGCUCAAACCCUCUCACCACUACUAAUGAUUUUUCUGAGGAGUUCCAUAUUGCAAAAAACUAUCUCUUUAAAAACUGGGAACAUGUAAACAAAGACUGCCUCGUUUUAGUCAAAAAAGCAGAAGAUAAAUCAUUCUCAAAAUUCAGAAGAAAACUUAGGUUUUAUGUUUACGCAAAUUUAAAACAGGAUGACUUUUAUAAAAUGUUAUCAGGAUGUCAAAAAAGAAAGCAUAAAAUAAUAUGAAAAAAAUGUUUGGUUCACGCAAUGUAAUUGAAAUAUUAUGUGUAUUGAUUCUGAAUGCAUUUCAAACAUGAAUAUGGAAAGGAAAUGGGGAACGAUAACAAUACAACCGAAAUGAAAGAUGCCAAGAUGUGUGCUGGUGCCAUUGCUAUACCAGGUUGUCCAAAACGAAUCAAAUAUUCGUAUAUCAAAGAAGUAUCAAAGUAUAUUAGUACUGACCAUCCAUGGUGCUAUAAACUGCUACAGGAAGGUAGAAAGAAAAUCUACUUUAAAUAUUUUUAUUUCUGUUUUUUUACUUUGCUUUAACAUGCAAAAUUUUUACUUUUAUCUGUAUAAAUUUACCGAAAAUGCAAUAAUCUGAUGCAACAAAUGAGAAACAAUAAGAGUGCUUGCUGAUAGUUCAAUGGAAUGUAAGCAGGGUUUCCUUAUUAACAUAGUCAGAUUCAGAUAUUUAUUCUCGUCGUGGGUGAUAUGAAAUUUAUGAAAAAAAAAUAAACUACAUGUCACAAAUUACAAAAGGGAUAUCGGCAGUUGACGAGGGGUUGCGAAAGACUCAAUAAGUCAUCUAGUCGGCGAGACCAUAAGCUGGAAAAGAUCAUCUGUGACACAAGAGACAUGUGCUUUUAUGUCAAAUUCAACAUCCCUUUAUCUGUAAGUUGGGUAGUUCCUAAAAGUCAUAUUUUAUAUACAUUUUGAUUACAUAGCUGCGAUAAGUCCUAAUUAUACCAGAGCAAUUAACGAAUUCAAAUUUUUACAUAAAUAAGUUCAGAAAUUUCUUCUAACUAAAGAAAUCAAUGCAAGCAGUCGGCAAGCAUAAGAGAUCCAAUCAAAUUUAAUAAAGAUUAGGAUAUUUCUGGUGAAACAACUGAAGAAGAAUCGGACAAAAAAGGUCAAUCAUAAUUCAGUAAAAUCUCUUGGCCCAGGCAAGCUUUUAGGCCUAAUAUCAGAAGGACAGAAUCGACAGAACUAAUAAAAAAACUAGUGAUAAGGCCAAGUGUUGUAAACAUAUCAAGGAAUCAUUACUUCUGCUAUAAAUGUGUAACUAAAUUUAGAUCAAAAUUAUAAACCAGCAUGCAUAUGUAUUUGUUUUAGUACAAAAUACCAGUUAAUAAUUACCCUUAGUCGACAAUUCAAACAAAAUAAAAUUCAUGGAGCAAAGAGUUCACAAUGUUGAAAAUUGAGAAUGCUGAAACCCAGUAGGUAGUGACUCAAUUUUAUAAAUAUAAUGACUGAACAGACUGUGUUUUACAAUAUGUUUUGUUUUGCCCAUUUCUUGCACAUAUUAGAAUACAACAUGAUCUCCGGCAUAAAAUAUGUAAUGCAUCAUAUGUAUAAGUACAAUGAGCAUACAGAAUCAAAUCAAUCUAACCUUCAAAAACAAGAACAAGAAAAUGCUUACUGAUAGUCCUUGUGUCAUUUUCUAUUUAAAAAUUGGUACACUUACCUGCACCCUGGCCUCCCUCUCGCUGGGAGACAAUAAUGAAAAUUGGUACCUUUACCCUUAGCUGGCCUUUCUAAUGUUUGGAGCAAUAAUGAAAAUUAGUACACAUACCAAUACCCUGGCCUCCCUGACGUUGGGGGUAAUAAUGAAAAUUGGAACAUUUACCAGUACCCUGCCUGGCCUUCCUCACGUUGGGGGCAGUAAUGAAAAUUGGAACAUUUAUUUACCAGUACCCUGGCUUUCCCCACGUUGGGGGGUAAUAAAGGUUUUAGAGGACAUUGCAUUUUUAGUUAAGCAUUGCAAUGUGAAUUUCGAGAAUUCUUGCAACUAACCUUUUCACUUAA